UGGAGCUGUUGGGAUCGCGCCAUGGCCUGGGCCCCUCUCCUGCUCGCGGUGCUCGCCCACGGCUCAGGUUCCCUGGUCCAGGCAGCAGUGACUCAGCUGGCCUCGGUGUCCGCAUCCCCGGGAGACACCGUCCGGAUCACCUGCUCUGGGAGUGGCUAUUGUGCCUGGUACCGGCAGAAAGAUGGCAGUGCCCCAGUCACUGUGAUUUACUGGAACAACCAGCGACCCUCGGGCAUCCCUGUGAGAUUCUCCGGUUCCACCUCCGGCACCACGUGCAUCUUAACCAUCACCGGGGUGCAAGCCGAGGACGAGGCCGUGUAUUACUGUGGUGGCUAUGCUGGUAGUUGUUCUGCUGCCACGUUGACACCAAGCAAUGGGGAAGUGUCCCCCAGGAUCGGCCCCUUUCCCAUCGUUUGUCAGCUCAACGGGAGCGCCAGAGCCAGCAUUGGUUCCCUGGUCCAGGCAGCAGUGACUCAGCAGCUGGCCUCUGUGUCCGUGUCCCCGGGAGAAACUGCCUGGGUCACCUGCUCUGGCAGUACAGGAAGCUACAGCUGGUUCCAGCAGAAGCCUGGCAGUGAGCUGCUCACUGUGGUGUGCAAUAACAGCAAGAGACUUCGGUUCCUGUUCCACCACUCUGUGGUUCCAGGCACUCGGUCUAUUCAGCAGCUGCUCCUGGAUCCUCUCAUCUCCCAGCUGCCUCUCCUACGGAUACGGAGCCCUGUCGGCGUGGGGACACGGAGCUGUUGGGAUCGCGCCAUGGCCUGGGCCCCUCUCCUGCUCGUGGUGCUCGCCCACGGCUCAGGUUCCCUGGUCCAGGCAGCAGUGACUCAGCUGGCCUCGGUGUCCGCAUCCCCGGGAGAAACCGUCCGGAUCACCUGCUCUGGGAGUGGCUAUUGUGCCUGGUACCGGCAGAAAGAUGGCAGUGCCCCAGUCACUGUGAUUUACUGGAACAACCAGCGACCCUCGGGCAUCCCUGUGAGAUUCUCCGGUUCCGUCUCUGGCUCCACGUGCACCUUAACCAUCACCGGGGUGCAAGCCGAGGACGAGGCCGUGUAUUACUGUGGUGGCUGUGGUACUGGUGGUGCUGGUUUCGGCGCGGGGACCCAGUUGACCGUCCUGGGUCAGCCCAAGUCUUCCCCUACUGUGCACCUCUUCCCACCAUCCACCGAAGAGAUCUCAGAAACCAACAAAGCCACCCUGGUGUGUCUGCUGGCUGAGUUCUACCCCGGUGUUGUGGAUGUUGUCUGGAAGGUAGACGGCAGCGCCAAGUCCAGUGGCGUGGAGACCACCAAGCCCCAGAAGCAGAGCAACAACAGCAAGUACAUGGCCAGCAGCUACCUGGCGCUGACUGCCAGUGACUGGAAGAGCCAUGAGACCUACACCUGCGAGGUCACGCACGACGGGAAGAAAAUUGAGAAAGUCCUCAAGAGAUCCGAGUGCUCCUCCUAACGCACCAGGAGCUCCACCAUCCCCUGUCCUCCUCCCCUUCCAUGUCCCUGUUCCUGUGCUCGUCCGUCCCCACGGCUGCUCGUGGCAGCAGCUCUCCUCCUGCCGUCCCCCUGUGCCCGGCCCCUCUGCCCUGCCCCUCUGCCCCACACUUGUCCCCACACCCUGUAUGUCAUCCAAAUAAACACAGACACUGAACUAGC